GAGGUGGCGUUAAGUGACGAGAUUACAUCAAGGAAGCUUACUCCAGCAGAGAAGAGGUCGUCUUCAGUCCAUUUAACACACAACAUUCAAGAUUUUUGUAGCAGAGUACUUCCGGCUUCUUGGAAUAAAAAUCAAAGAAACGUUUUUGUGUGUUGAGAACGCUGCCAUGCGAUGAAUGCGAUGCGAGCGGAAGAGGAAUGGCAAACAGCUUAGUUGGCAUCGCCCCCAGCCAUGGACAGCAGCGCCGCCGCCUCGUGCAGUGGGAGGCAAGGGCUGCUUUCACGCGCGCGGUGUCGUCGGGUAGCGGCUGGACGUCUCCGCGCGGGUUACACCAUCUCCGACGGCGCCGACGUUGAGAGAAGAAAGGGAGGCAAGUCGACACUCGACUGACCACUCGCUUUCUUUCAUUCUCUCUCAUCAGCAGAAGGUGGCGGCAAAACGAGUGUGUCGGACACGCCUUCAGCGAGCAGCAUGCGCAGAUGGAGCUCGAGGGGUCUUUAUCAUCCCCUACCCCACCGGCUGCGCAGCGAGAUAAAAAAAAGGAUGCUGCCAUUGGCGAACCAAAGUCCGAUAGAAAACCCUGAGUGACUUCUUGGCAACAGCAGCUUUACCCUGCAGGUGAUUUCUGGCGUCCCCCUGCGUGGUGAUGUGCAUUUCUUGGCGUGACAACAAGAAUUUGUAAACACAACCAUGACAAGUCUGGAAGUAUAUUGUGGAAAGGAAGAGAAUCCCUGAUGUUGAACUGCCGACAACGACCUCGUUACUGUGCGAUUUGACUUGCACCGACCGGGCCUGCAGUCAAGCGCUGUCCCUCGGAUGGUAGUGUCGACUUCGCUGAGCCACGUCGUAACCGGAAGUCGACGUGGAGGAAAUUGUGCCGGGUCACGUGAGAACGACAACUCUCGACGUGGAGUCCCAUCGCAAGAGUCAUUACGUUGAAAGGUCAGGGGUCAUGCACGCAACCAUCCCGUCUCCGUACUAAACCUACAUUUGAUGGGCGGUUGAGGCAGUCUGCGAAGACCCGCUUGGCGUGGAGCCGGUGGACGUGAAGGCUGCUCACUGGUGCGUGCACGCGGAGCAAUGUGGAAUCCUACAGGUUUUGAGCCGCACCGCGCGGGGGGAGUGGCAGCAUCAGAGGAGGAGGAAGCGGCAGCGACACCUCCCCGCCCCGGCCGCAGACGACGAGAGGAUGCGAGAGAGUCGCAGAUGGUGGCGCCCUCAGGCUGCUCCCUGUACACACUCACCGGCCUGUCGCUGCUGUUCGGCGCCGUUACCGUGGUGACCCUGGCUCUGGCCGUGGCCACCGACUGCUGGCUCUUCAUGUCCGAGCCCUACCAGCUAACAGCCCAGGAGAUGCGCGAGCUCAACAUCACCGAGCCCAUCCAGACGGACAUCGUGGUGCACGUGCGGACGGGGCUGUGGCGCGUGUGCACCACCAACCUUAUGAACGGGACGUUCCCGGACCAGUGUAUCGCCAUCGACUACCAGCAGAAGGGAUCUGGGAGGCUGGAGGGCGCGCCCACGUGCAUGACAAUAGUAGGCUCCAUUCGGGUGUCGUCUCCCCUGAUGGUGACCGGCCUUGUCCUCACUCUAACAGCAGUGGUCAUGAGCAUUGUGGGCAGCGUCCGGCACAGCGGCAAGACUGUCAUAGCUGCCAUUCUCUACGUACUCACUGGUCUCUGCAUCGCCGUUGGCAUCAUUCUCUACAUUUCUGCCAUCAACGAUGAGGUCGGGUACCGCACGCAGACCAAGGGCAAGUCACGUGACUUCCAGUACUACUACGGUUGGUCCUUCUUUCUGGCGGCCGGCGACUUCGUGCUGGCGGAGGUGGCAGCCGUGCUGAACGUCACCCUGUACCUACGUCACAACUCGCGGGUCAGUGACAUGGUGCGCAUCAUCCCGGGGCUGGAGGACAAACUUCAGACCAGCAGCUUCAGGCUGGAGGCCGAUGCCCUGGACACCAGGGGUAGGGGAGACGUCUGGUGACGUGACUGGCACAUUCUGCGCGAGACUUCCCAACGUCCAAAAACAGCUGAAUAAGCAUCUUUUUUGCGUCGUGACGAACUGUUUAGCGACGCCAUUUCUGUAUAUAUCCGGUCUUUGAGAAUUGGAGCCGUGUCUGGCCCGUCGCCUUUGGCACAACGUGAAUUUCGUGUGUGGUUUCAUUUCCAGUGUUACUGCUUAUUUGUUGUUUAAAUUGUUCUUAGCUGCUGCAAGCCACUGCUGCAGUUUCUAUGACAGUUGCUCAAAGUAACGUGUGCAGGUUGUUUUUUUGACAUUCCUUUUGCAGGAGGAGUUACAGGAAACCCACAAUGUAUCCGAUCCCUUGUCAUUAUUCUUUGUGGAAAAGGAGAGGAGAAAACUCUCAACGACCUGCACGAAUUGUUUGCGUGACAUCGACCACGGUGGCUUGCUCCUCUUCUUGGAAACUGUCUGUAUUAGUUUCUUAAGAAGGGGGCAGAAGAUGGGACAGUGGAAGAAUAUUUUCAUUGGCCGUUGGGCAGACUCCUCCUCGCCCCAACACACCAACACGCCGACUGUAGAGUCAUUGAGUGAUGGCUGCGUAACAUGUCUCUAAACUCAUGUUUUAAGCCUGUUGGCUAUUACUUUUUGUAAGCACCAGGGCUUCCAUCUCUUAGCUACUCGUAGGCAAGUAGUGUUCUCCCUAAAACUAGAUCAACUGUGCUAAACAAACACGGGUAAAGCAUGACGGUGUCCACGACCUUGCAGCUCCCUCACCAGUGAGCUCGGAUAGCAUCUCUCGUAGCAUUUCUAUUUAUCACGAUUUUGCAAUCUUAGCACCCGUGCAUUGCUGGAUUUCCCAGACGGUCUUGUCAGGCUGGAUUUGUAGCUGAAACUAAUUUCUGUGGAGAGUUUCAUUUCUGGUCAAGGGAGACGAUCGUGACUAGUCUUCUAAUCAAUGGCGGCUCUCAUUUACACCGUUCACGAAAGAAAGAAACUAAUUAUUAUCCCUUCACCUUUGUGAACUGCAUUCAAGUGAUCCUUUCUCUCUCUUUCUCUCUCUUGACACCCUGAAAAAUUCUAGCUGUGUAGAAAACAGUAAAAGCCCACGCAGACGCCGGCGCACCUUCCAAGAAUGCAUGGCGUCCAUAUUGGCAGCCUGGAGAGAUCCCGUAUGUAGUGCCAGACAUGGAAGCGUUAACAACAUCGCAAAGAACUUUCUGUAGGCACAAAUAACACUUGAUGGUUGUUGUUGUUUGUGGACUAAGUAUUGUUUAUAACAUAGUUGCCGACUUUAGGAUGAAGAAAACAAUGUGAAACGUCCCAGCAUCCUGAAUUCAUUGAGUGCUUAAACACAAACAAAAGUAAAAUAGACUUAUUACUACUUAUAGUAUAUUAAUAUGUGUGGUAUUUCCAAUUUUCGCUGUAUAUGAUAUUUCGAAAGGAGUGCCUUUACAGCAAGCCUGGUGCUCAAGAUGAGCUGGAGGCGGGCUUGUGCUGGACAAGACACAAGAUCUAUUUUUGUCCUGUUGACCCCAAAAUGCCUCGUUGCCUCGACCGGGUGUCUAUAUUUGAGUAGCCAGUCGGUCACAAAGCUAGGUGAAUUAUAUUCGUUUUCAUUC